AUGAAAUUAGGAAAGACACACGUCGAUGAGCCAGGGGAAAAUCCGAGCCAUAAUAACGAUCCAAUUGUUCAAAGCGACGAGCAAAACCCUGAAUCGUAUAAUGCAACCGUCCACGAGGCAAUCGCAGUGAAUGCGAAGACCGCUCGUCAGCUUUCCUUAUCCGCAAAUGCUCACAAGAAUAUGCGCGAGAAGAACAAAGCAGCAAAGCAAAAGGAGCUAAUGGAGAUGGGUGCAGCGAGGAGCGGUAUUAAAAACGGGGGAGUAGCUGAUAAAAGCUCUCCGAAUUUUGGCUCUCAGUUUGAUAAAACAAAAUAA